AACCUCUAUUCUCUUAUGUCCGUAAUACAUCAAUAUAUAGUCACACUUGUGUGAGCACCUAAAGCCACACACCUCAAAUCACAACAAUCAUGGCCAAAAGCCACUUCACAAAAAAAUCCCUUCACUUAUCCCUCAUCAUCUCCUUCAUCUUCCUCACCACCAUCUCCAUACCCAAAACCCACUCUUUCGUCCAACCCAUCUCCCCAACAAAACUCGGCCUCGACAAACCCCAAAAACUAUCCCACCUCCGCUUCUACUUCCACGACAUCAUCGGUGGGAAAAACCAAACCGCCUUCCGCGUCGCUUCCUCUCCAUCCACCAACCACUCUCCAACGGGAUUCGGCUCCGUAAUGAUAAUGGACGACCCGUUAACGGUUUCACCGGAGUCGGGUUCUGAAAUCGUGGGAAGAGCUCAAGGAAUCUACGCUUCAGCGUCGCAGAGUGAGUUGGGGUUACUGAUGGUGCUUAACUUUGGUUUCAUUCGAGGGAAGUAUAAUGGGAGUAGUCUGAGUGUUUUGGGAAGGAAUACGGUGGAGUCCGCCGUGAGGGAGAUGCCGGUGGUGGGUGGGAGUGGGUUGUUUAGAUUUGCGAGUGGAUAUGCUCAGGCGUCUACUCAUUCUUUAACUGAGUUAGAAGCUGUUGUCGAGUAUAAUGUUUAUGUCUUCCAUUAUUGAGAUUUUCUUUUGUCCUGUGUAGUCUAGAUGUUGGAAUCUAAAAUGGUGAAUAAACGGUAUGCUGCAGGUUCAAACUUGUGCGUAUACAUGUGACUGAUCAUCAAUUGUUCUUCUUCAAUAAACAAGUUUGUUGUUAAUUUUA